UUCUUAUAUAACUAUAUGUACAUAUUGUAUUUUUAUUUCUUCCGGCAUGCAUUCUGCAACAAACCGCAAUACCAUCUACCAUAUUUCUUUGUGGACUUCUGGCUUGCCGUUGAUAACACUUGUGCUGUAAAUUUUUGUCUUCCAGUACCCAUUAUAUAUCAAGUUAGCCGUCUCCGUGAUGGGAAGAGUUUUGCUACUAGGAAAGUGGAUGCAAUUCAAAAGGGAAACGUCAUAUUCACUUUGCUGGCUUCAUUUCAUAAGGAGGAAUUAGGGUUUCACCACCAGGAAGUGUCCAUCCCAUCAGUCCCUACACCAGAUAAGCUUUUGUCUUUGGAAGAGCUUCGGGAGCAACGUCUUACCGACCCUCGCCUUCCAAGAACUUACCGGAACAAGGUUGCUACAGUUGAAUUCAUUCCCUGGCCCAUAGAGAUACGGUUCUGUGAACCUAGAACUUCAACAAAUCAGACCAAAUCUCCCCCUAGUUUGAGAUACUGGUUCAGAGCAAGGGGAAAACUUUCAGAUGAUCAGGCCUUGCAUAGGUGUGUGGUAGCAUAUACUUCAGAUCUAAUCUUUCUUCAAGUGAGUUUGAAUCCCAACCGUAGGAAGGGCAUGAAGACACGCGCUGUGAGUCUGGACCACUCCAUGUGGUUUCACAGACCUUUAAGAGCCGAUGACUGGAUUCUAUUUGUGAUCUUCAGUCCUACUUCCUGUAAUGCCCGGGGCUAUGUUACUGGCCAAAUGUUCAAUCAAAAGGGAGAGCUUCUUGUAUCAGCGGUUCAAGAAGGCCUAAUGAGGAAAGUUAUUUCUGAAAAUUCAGCCAUCAAAUCUAAAUUGUAAAUAGCCAAAAGGGCAAAGGACUUGUGAUUUUCUUUUUAGUUCUGUCUUGUUUUUAAUGCAUGGUCAGGACAAUUAUUUUGUUUUCGUUCUGUGAUGAAUUCUAGAGUGAACCAUCUAAUCGGUGGUUUAUCUAUACAACAGCACCAUCCCAUAAAGUUAUUAUGUGACUGAGAACUGGUUGAUGUGUUAGAUUAUUUGUUUACAAUUAACUGAAUUUACAAACU